CCUCCUCCUCCUCUUCUCCAAACCAGAAAUAUCUAAAGCUGGUCAUUAAUGGAGCCCACAAAAGCUCUAAUCAUCUUCCUCCUUGAGCUGUCCAUUCUCAUUACAAUCUCUCUCUCUAGAGAAAAUCACAUAUCUCCCCCAUCUUUCUCCAAUAAUGCCCACUAUCAAGAAGCCCUUCUCAGACUAGACUCUCUCAAGACCUCCAUUAAAGUUGCUUCACCAUCUCCUCCUUCUUCUUCAACCCCAUCACCACCGGGUGAGAAGAAAUCUGGGAUAUUUCUGGUGACAUCGUACGGCGCAGAUCCAACGGGAAAAUCAGACAGCACUGAAGCUCUUCUUAAAGCCAUACAAGAUGCGAUCAGAAUUCCCAGAAAGAAACACAACUUGAUUCCCGGUGUUACUGACCUGGGCGGUGCUCAGAUUGAUCUCCAGGGCGGAAACUACCUCAUCAGCCACCCCCUACGGCUGCCGGCCACCGGAUUUGGCAACCUCAUGAUCCAUGGUGGAACUAUAAGAGCAUCAGAGAAUUUUCCACCAAAUGGGUAUCUGAUUGAUUUAUCGGAAACAUCAAACAAAGGGAAACAAACCCAGAAGGCUUCACCAACACCAUCACAAUACAAUUACGAGUAUAUAACCAUAAAAGAUCUUUUAUUAGAUGCAAACUUCAAAGGCCGAGGCAUUUCAAUCAUAAACUCUCUCAGAAUCUCCAUUCACAACUGUUACAUCACUCACUUCACCACCCACGGAAUUCAGGUCCAAGGUGGUCAUGAAACCUUCAUCCACAACACCUUCCUCGGUCAGCACAUCACCGCCGGUAGCGACCCCGACGAGAGGAGCUUCUCCGGGACCGGGAUAACCCUCGCCAGCAACGACAAUGUAGUAACCGACGUCGUCGUGUUCUCCGCCGCCGUAGGUAUCAUGAUUUCCGGUGAAGCCAACACAAUUUCUGGAGUACAUUGUUACAAUAAAGCCACUUCAUUCGGAGGCACAGGAAUUUAUGUGAAACUGCCUGGUUUGACACAAACGAGGAUUGUGAAUUCGUACAUGGAUUACACGAGCAUUGUUGUUGAAGACCCAGUUCAGCUUCACAUUUCAGGUAGCUUCUUCCUCGGAGAUGCCAAUGUCGUCUUGAAAUCAAAAAGUGGAGUGAUAAGUGGGGUCAACAUCGUGAAUAACAUGUUCAGUGGGUCCAAUUCCGGGGUUGAAAUUGUUCACUUGGACCAAUCAAACGGUCCGUUCAAGCAAAUCGAUCAAGUUGUGGUUGAUGGCAACAAUGUAAAUGGCAUGAGCUUGAAGACCACGAUUGCGAGAGGCUCUUCCAUGAGGAAUGGAACUUCAUGGACAGUUGAUUUCAGCAAAAUUUUGCUUUUCCCUAACCUUAUUCGACAUGUUCAAUAUUCAUUAAGCGUGUCGGGUAACGCAUUUCCUCAACAUGUUCUCAGAAAUGUGUCUCAUAAUCGUGUCGUGAUUGAGACGAAUAAGAUUGUUCAGGCUCGUGCUUUUGUCACUGUAAAUCAAUGCAGUGAUAUAUGAAUUUUGAGGUUGAACAAGCUUAAAGAGAAAACAGUACAUAUAUGCUUAUCUGAAUUAUUUUUUAAUUUUUUUUGUCAAUUAGACUAGCUAGCUAGCCCUUGAUAUUAGACUUGGACCGUGUCCAAUUAGAAUCUCACAAGCGCUCAUGUGCAUUGAUACUAUACAUUGAGUCUAUUUUAUUUUUCUUCUCUUCUUCUCUGCUGUUUCUUUUUCUAUAUAUGUGUGUGUAUGUGUGACGAAGACAAAGGCUUUUGCCUAAUUUCUGGUUGUCUAUUAAUUAACUCCUUCAGAUUUAGUAGUGCAAUUAAUUAAUU